AUGUCGGAAUUAUGGUACCAACAACCUGCGGAGGACUGGAAUUCAGCUCUGCCAGUCGGGAAUGGGCGCCUAGGAGCCAUGGUGUACGGACGCACCGAUACAGAAAUGCUACAGCUCAAUGAGGAUUCAGUUUGGUAUGGAGGACCACAAGAUCGCAAUCCGCAAGACGCGCUCGAGUAUCUGCCACGCCUGAGAGAAGCUAUACGGGCGGAAAAUCAUGCUGAAGCUGAGAAGAUCGCCAAGCUGGCGUUUUUCGCUAAUCCGAUCAGCCAGCGGAACUAUGAGCCGCUCGGAAAUCUGUUCUUGGAUUUGGGACAUAAUCCCAGUCAGGUCACAGGCUAUCGGCGUUCUUUGGAUCUCGCACGUGCUACAGCGCAUGUUCGCUAUGAGUACCAAGGUAUUUGCUUCGAACGUGAAGUCCUGGCCAGUAACCCGGAUGAUGUACUUGCGAUCAGAUUGCACUCCUCGAGCAAGGCCGAGUUUGUUGUUCGCUUGACACGCAUGAGUGACGUGGAAUUUGAAACAAAUGAAUGGCUUGACGAUAUCAGUGCAUCCGGCAACUCCAUUACCAUGCAUGUUACACCUGGGGGCAAGAACAGUAGUCGAGUGUGCUGUGUCGUGUCAGUUCGAUGCGACGGUGCUGAUGGUACAAUCACCAAAAUUGGAAAGAAUCUGGUGGUGAACUCCACUGACACACUGCUUGUUAUCGCGGCUCAAACUACAUUUCGACACGAAGACAUCGAUCAACGAACCAAGCAAGAUGCAGAAAUUGCUUUGGGCCUCUCUCUGAAAGACCUCCGCACCCGUCACACUGCGGACUACCAGUCCCUCUACGACCGAAUGGAAUUGCAACUUGGGCCAGGCUCUCCUGAAAUCCCAACUGACCAACGUCUCAAGUCUUCUCGUGAUCCGGGGCUCAUCGCAUUAUACCACAACUACAGUCGUUAUCUUCUGAUAUCAUGCAGCCGGGAUGGACACAAAUCACUUCCUGCAAACCUCCAGGGUAUCUGGAACCCAUCUUUCCAUCCGGCAUGGGGCUCCAGAUUUACCACCAAUAUCAAUCUUCAAAUGAACUACUGGUCUGCAAAUGUGUGUAACCUGUCCGAAUGCGAAUUUCCUCUCUUUGAUUUACUUGAGCGCAUGGUUGAACCUGGCAAAACAACAGCUCAGAUCAUGUACGGAUGCCGGGGAUGGACGGCCCAUUCCAACACUGACAUCUGGGCGGAUACAGCCCCCGUUGAUCGAUGGAUGCCAGCAAGUAUCUGGCCUUUAGGUGGUGCAUGGCUCUGCUAUCACAUUUGGGAUCAUUUUCAGUAUACCUGCGAUGAAGUGUUUCUUCGUCGAAUGUUCCCCACCCUGCGGGGGUGCGUGGAGUUCCUCCUCGACUUCCUGAUUGUCGACGCCAAUGGUGCAUAUCUUAUCACCAGUCCGUCUGCUUCUCCAGAAAACUCGUUCUACGAUCACAAGGGACAGAAGGGUGUACUGUGUGAAGGAUCAACGAUCGACAUCCAAAUCAUUGAUGCUAUUUUGGGCGCGUUUCAAUCCUGUACAAAGAAACUUGAUCUCCAGGAUGCCCUGCUUCCAGCAGUCUACGCUACAAAGUCCCGUCUCCCACCAUUGAAGAUUUCCCCGGCUGGUUAUCUACAGGAAUGGGCCAUCGACUACGCCGAGGUCGAACCCGGGCACCGUCACACGUCCCAUCUGUGGGCCCUGCACCCCGGAAAUGCAAUCACGCCGGCAAAAACACCCCAGCUGGCAGGCGCGUGCGGAGAAGUUCUUCGUCGACGCGCCGAACAUGGUGGUGGUCAUACUGGCUGGAGUCGUGCGUGGCUGCUUAACUUACACGCACGGUUACUUGAAGCCGAGGAAUGCAGCAAGCAUUUAGACUCGCUUUUGUCCCGCUCUACCUUGUCCAAUCUACUAGAUAGCCACCCUCCUUUCCAGAUCGAUGGUAACUUUGGUGGUGGGGCGGGCAUCAUCGAAAUGCUGGUCCAAUCCCAUGAGCCCGGGGUAAUUCGCAUCCUUCCAGCAUGUCCGAGGGAUUGGACUGGAUCCAUUCGAGGCGUGCGGGCACGAGGUGGGUUUGAGCUGGAAUUUGAUUUCGAAAAUGGCCGUGUUGUAGGUGGAGUGACUAUCUUUUCGGAGCGUGGAGAGACUACGGUUGUUCACUUCAACGAGUCACAUGUAGAGAUUAUUGGUGGCGGUCAGCAUAAGAUUGAGUAG